CAAUUAGUCACCUUGUGCGCUCCUCACCGUUGACAGCCUCCUGUACAUUUAACCGGGCGCGCGACAGCCUUUCACUUGGAAGUGCGCGUGAAGGGACAACAGCAGGCAAUCUGAUUGAACACACGCACUCUCUCCCUCAGAGCGCCGUUCUGCUGACUCAGUGCCUUAUCAGAGCGAACCGGUUCCUCGCCAACGAACAGAUCUAAAACGCACCAGUCACCGCAACAUCUCCAGCCAUGGCCAAAACUGCGAUCGCAUACAAAGAGAAGAUGAAGGAGCUCUCCCUCGUCUCCCUCAUCUGCUCCUGUCUCUACCCAGAGGCGCGCAAGAACAUCAUGGGCGAGUUUGAAGACAUGGAGGUUAAGCCCAUUAACAAGCGGGCUUCUGGCCAGGCCUUUGAGGUCAUCCUAAAGCCACCCUCUCCCAUGGCUGACAGCUCCUACAGCAUCACUACACCUCCCAAAAAGAGGGACAUGUCCCUGGAGGACAUCCAGAAGAAGCUGGAGGCAGCAGAGGACAGGAGGAGAUCCCAGGAGGCUCAAGUCCUGAGGGCCCUGGCUGAGAAACGUGAGCACGAGCGGGACGUCCUGCUGAAAGCCAUGGAGGAGAAUAGCAACUUCAGCAGGAUGGCGGAGGAGAAACUCAUCAUGAAGAUGGAGCAGAUCAAGGAGAACCGUGAGGCCCACAUUGCAGCCUUGCUGGAACGACUGUAUGAGAAGGAAAAGCAUGCUCAGGUGGUGCGCAGAAACAAAGAGCUGAUGGAGGAGUUGACAGCAUGAGCACAUCUCUCUACACCCACUGUCCCAUCAAUCCCCCCACCCCCCUACAUACCUGCGACCUCCCAUCCCCAGAGAGACCCCCUCUCACCCAGCCACCGCUGCCCCAUGUAGAAAAGAGCCUCUGGCACCCCGCCCCGCUCAGACGAUGGGAAUCCACCCUGCCACCCUCACCAACAGCAUCCUCCUCGAUAUAGUCCAGAAGACAAAAGGAACACAGUUGCUCCAGAAAAAAAGAGAAAUGUUUUUGAUUAAAUCGAAACCAGUCAAAGUGGGUGUGGUUUUUUUGUAAAUACUUCCUAUUUGUUUUAUAUGAGAUGAUGAAAAGUAUUGCGGUGUGCCAUUUUAUAAGUUUCUCUCUGUAUCUUUCUCUUUUAGUGGAUGUACUCGUUUUCUCUCUCGCUCUCUCUCUCUCUAUCAGAUCUGCCACAGUUUCUCUUGUACCAGGCUUUGCUGAGUUUGCUGGCUAGCGAUGUGUUCUCUAAACCCAACGAUCAUUUUAGUGUCUCUAUGUCCAUGUGGAGAGAGUAAAAGCCGCCACAGUACAGUAAACACAGCUCUAACCGGUCACUAUCAUAGCAUUUACAACAAUCUAUAGCUCUUUCUUCACACAUUCAUCACGACACACAGACACAUACACACAUCUAGUCAGCUUGAUUUUAGUAAAAAAGACAUUAAGAGGAGCUGCGGUUAGAGCCACACCAAAGUCAUGUGACGUCUCUCGACCCGUGCUUGACCAUAGUCUGGGUUGCAUUUUUGCUGAGGGUGUAACAUCAAGUUAGCCUUUAAUUCUUGAGAAUCGCUUGAAGUUCUCAAUUCUGAUUCUUCAAGGAUUUAGGGGAUUUCACAGGGGAUUUUAGAUGAUAAAAAUGGAUGCGGUGUGUGUUUGUGUGUGUGUGUGUGUUAAGAGCAGUGUGGGUGGACGGUGUAACCCUGUGCCAUUGCUCUUGCGUGAGUAGCUUUAAUGUCACAAACCUGCCCACCCUCAUCUUUCUCUUCCAGCUGUGCAUUCUAUUCCCUUCACACAUGUAACUUUGGGAGCAUAAGCUGUGGUGAAUAAAGUCUUCAGAGUAUC